AUGCUCCCAAGACUUUGGGGUAGAUACCCCACUGAAGCUAUAUCCAGCUUCCACAAGUCUUUGCACUUUACGACGCACAAAACACACUCCCUACAAUGUGAACUGCACCCCCAAAUCCUUACGCGAUGGACUUGACAGCCCAAAUUUGCUCCGCUCUAAAAACUCAAAGCUUCCCGACACCUUCGGCCCCCUGGACGACAACCCUGACCUCCCGCAUCCCUACUCCUCCUCUCCCUUCUCUCAUCGCGACCGCAAAGGCACGCCUUCUCGCCUCAGACCUCACGACGGCGGGUCUCCUUGAACCCUCAUCCACCACUUCACUUCCUACGACAAGUCCCGAGACACCCGAGGCUAUCUUACAGAACGACGUCCCAUGCCAGGUCCUCGAUGUCGAGAACCUGAGCCUCUCCCGCUGGGAGCAGGUCGAGGAGCUCGAGGCGGUGGCGAGGGGCGAGCAGACGACAGGCCGGAGGGUCGUGAGGCUAGCUGCGACUGAAGAGGCCGAGUAUGAUAACAUCGACGAUAGCUCCGCACCCGCUACCGGUCGCGGAGGAAUGGCAACUCAGCAAGUGCAGCAGCAGCGACGAAACGCAACGCAUAGACUCGUAUUGCAAGACUACAAAGGGCAAAAGGUAUAUGCAAUGGAGCUCCGACGCAUCGAAAGGAUCGGCAUCGGAAGCACCAACAUUGGCGAGAAGGUCAUGCUCAAAAAGGGUACUGUCAUCGCGAGGGGCACAGUGCUGCUUGAACCGGACAAGUGCGUGUUGCUUGGUGGGAGGAUUGACGCCUGGCAGAAAGCUUGGGUUGAGGGGAGAAUGGCGAGGCUAAAGCAGGCUGUAGAAGGUGAACGAGAACAAUAAGUCCGGACAGAAGGGCAAACAUCGUAGCAUUACUCGGAGUUUGGCAUUGAUACCAUUGGUCCCUCGUUGACAAGAAA